UGGAGAAUUUCCCAGUCGUCGUAGAAUAUUCUGGGAGGCCAGCUGCUCGGUAACCAAUGCAACUGCCAGAUAAGUAAGCUGGCGCCGAAUUCUUUCAGCUUACCUCCCUUGGCAAACACAAUAAACGAGCGCCGAUCACACACCAAAACGGGAAAUGACUGUUGCCUCAUUAUCAUCAAUCUCUUUUGUCUCGUAGAUACAUCCCGGGGCCAGGGUUCUUCUGGCGGGUGGACACAAAGAGGAUGUGAUCUACUUAACGACCCCCCUCCUGCUCCUUCCCGGGCCUUGCUUACCCGCUCACCCACGCAUCUCACCAUGACCCCACCCUCCCCAGACGCGACGCGCCGCCGCCCGCCCAUCGACGCCCUCCCUACCGAGCUGCUCGCCUACAUCCUCACCCUCGCAACGCACGCCCCAGACGCCGAGCCCCGCCCCGCGACGGUGCCGGACCCGGAGCAGGAGGGCGGCGACAUGUGCACGUACCAGCCGUUCGACGCCGCGUCCGUCAAGCGCCCACUGCGGUACGCCGGGACAUGCCGGCGCUGGCGCGCCGUGGCGUUUGACACCCCGCUGCUGUGGACGAACAUCUGCGUGACGCCGGACAUGUUCGUGCCCGGGUGCCCCGCGGACGGCGGGGACGAGGUGCUCGAUACUUGCUGGCUCGAGCUGUACUGCCGCCUGUCGCGCAAUCGGGCGUUGGACAUUCUCAUUGAUGGGCGGGACAUGGAAUGGAGGCAUGCGGAUCCGAGAUGCUACACUCCGUGGUUCACGACGAACCACAUGACACACGCGCUAUCUGUGUUGCUACCGCACCUCGGCCGGUGGCGCUCCAUCUCAGUGCUUACGGACGUCUACAGCCCAAUGCACGUCGCUCUAAAAGCGCUGGAUACAUUUCUCGUUGCCUACGGCGCGCCGUUUCUAGAGAGCAUACGACUCAUGCGAUGCGAUGCCUACGCAGCCUUCAGCAGAGACUCUCCCGUCUCAGAUCCAGCCCAGUUGUUUCUUGCCUCGGCGACGAAUCACAGAGGACUGCUCCCGUCCUUGCGCCACCUGACGAUGCGGGGCGUGCCGGCUUGCUGGUCGAGUGUUGCUGCUCAACUGACCGAUAAACUCUGUUCGCUCGAAAUAUCACAUCUCCCCCGACCGGCCCAACCGACAGUAACAAACUUCGUCGUACUCCUCUCCGCAGCUAAAAACGUAUCGCGCCUGGUGAUGAAUGGCGCCGGACCCUCACUCCAAGACGUUGGCCAGGACUUCCUAGACUCGGCGCCAAUCGGCCCGUCGCUCCCCCUCCUCUCGCACGUCGUGCUCGGGAUCCGCAAAACAGCGGUCGGCUUCGCCUUGCUCCACAUGCUGCACGGUGCGCCGAAAAUGCACCAUCUGACGUUGGAGGAUGCAUCCGACCCGGCCGAGCGGCGGUCGGUCGACUGCGCGCCUCUGAUCGCGUUCCUCCACCUGCGACCCAACGCGGGUUUGUUCCCGACGCUUGCGGAGCUGAGACUGCGCCGAGUGCGGUUCGGCGGGCCGGUUCCUCCAGGCGCGCAUGUGCCUUAUUUGGAGCUCAUCAGUGUCGAGCCGAAUGCGCUGGAUGUCCAGGCCGACGAGGUGUGCAUCCGAGGCCCGAUACAGCUCCCGAGACGGCCGCUCGCUUUGUCUAUCGAAGACUCGUGCGACAUGGUGCAGACGAUGUGUCUGGGUAAGGGCGACAAGGCACCCCGCUUGGUUACCGUGCACGAGUUCGAAGGACCAGACGGCGACGGCUUGCGAGAAUACAGAAAUUUCGGCAGCACGGAGAUGCGCAUCGUCACGAGAGCGUCUCGAUGUGCAGAGUGGUGGGAAGAAUCCUCGAAUGCACCGUCCUCCGACAGUGAGGAUUCGGAAGUGGGCUCAUCCAAGCUCAGGCGGGGGAGUGAUCCAUACAAAUUGGACUGGCCAUUAGAGCUGUAUUGAUACUGUAUUAUUAGUCUUCGUUUUCGAGUACUGGUAUGUGCCCGAGUGCCCCGGAUUGCACUGGGCUUUUCGAAUGAUUUUCAUGUUCGCGCGAUGUCGCUGUUAUCAGUCGUCGAAAGAGGUUUCGUUUUAAAACGCGCCGACGCCGGAUCUCGCCAGACGUCAGGUGGGUCCGUCAAAUCCGGUACGGCUGCCAAUUUGCGGAGACGUGGAGAGAAGCGGGUGCUGGAGAUGCCGCCUGUGCCCAUCUCGAGCGACUCGCGGCGGAACUGCAACUCCCGGCUGGGAAUGCCUGGUACGUCGCGUGCACGCAGCAGUCUCCGCCAAUCCUCGUCCUCGUCUCUGCUCCGCUGAUGCCUAGGAAUAAGGGAGGAGGCAGGGGUGCUGCGUUGACGGGGUGCCCCCGCGCGUGUGUAUCGGGAGUCCUGGACCAUGGAAACACCAAGGUGCGGGGUAUCCAUCCGCUCUGGAGACAUUGACGACGUGUCGCGCAUAGAAGAUGAUGAAGUAGAAGGGGAUUUCGACAGAGCUGGCAAGUAUGCAGGAUAGGUUGUGCGACUCGGCAGGUAAUGAUCUUCGGACUGGUUCAGUAUCGGUUCUGCGCACUCGUUCGUAUGCAACGCACCCGUCCUGAGUCCUAUACUGGGCCUUUGCCGUACAUGGGGGCGCGCAAGCUGUCGCUCUUCGGCGGCAUUCCUGCUGAUCAACUUCGUGUUUUGCACAGGCUCCGGGGGCCCAAGGAGCGCUUUGGACAGUGGCUGUGCGGGCGGAGCCUCGGAAGCAUUGUCUUCGCAGAUGAGCCGCGCGAGGAGAAGGGACUCCUUACGGAUAGUCCGGAUCUCCUUGCGCCGCAUUUGCUUCGUGUGUGAGGCCUGCAGAGACGCCAGCUUCUCGGGGCUGUCGGCCAGGUGGUACGGGAGCUGCGUGCGUGAGAGGGGGAAGAGCGGUAGCUUCGGCAUGCUCGUUUGUCGAGAAAGGGUGCGGAGAGUUCUUGUGUUCCAAGUGGCCGAAAUCAGAGCCUUGAUUCGGACCAAAUGGAAAUGGUUCGCGUCGGAGUCGAACUGGUGACUGGAGCUUAUUGGGCAAGCAAGGACAUACAACGUCACAAUCACCAUCACAUGCCUAUAGAACUCAGUUAUGUACUUUCACCGUUCUAGCCAUCCCGA